AUGGCGGGAAACUUCAAGGUUUGCGUGGUCGGUGGUGCGGGUGGCAUCGGCCAGCCUCUGAGCAUGCUGAUGGCCAUGGAUCCCAAUGUCUCCGAGCUCUGCGUGUACGACCUGACCCUGGCCAUGGUCCCGGCGGAGGGCGUCGCCGCCGACUUGUCGCACUUGAACAAGAAGUGCAAGGUGAAGGGCUACGCUUUCGACAAGGAUGACAAGGCCAUCGACAAGGCCGGCGAGUGCCUGAAGGGCUGCAACCUCGUCCUUGUCCCUGCCGGCGUGCCCCGAAAACCCGGUCAGGACCGAAAAGAUCUGCUCAACAUCAAUGCAGGGAUUGCCAAGAACAUCGUGGAGGCAUGUGCAAAGCACUGCCCAGAGGCAGUGGUUGGCCUCAUUGUGAACCCGGUGAACUCCGUCGUGCCAGCCAUGUGCGAGCUCUGGAAGAAGAAGGGCCUGAACCCGGCCAAGAUCGUGGGCGUCACAACCCUCGACGUCGUUCGUGCGGACAAGUUUGUGCAUGAGAUGACCGGUCUUCCCAUGGAUGACAUCGGCGUGCCUGUGAUCGGUGGCCAUGCUGGCACCACGAUUUUGCCCUUGUUCUCCCAGUGCCAGGUGGGCAAGACCAUUCCUUUGGACAAGAUUCCGGACCUCGACAAGAAGGUCCAGGAUGCCGGCACCGUCGUAGUGGCAGCCAAAAACGGCAAGGGCAGCGCCACCCUGUCCAUGGCCUACGCAGGAGCCCGCCUCGGCAAGGCAGUCCUUGCUGGCUUGAACGGUGAGGUCUCCAUAGAGUGCGCCUACGUUGAGUCGAAGGUGACCGAGCUGCCAUACUUUGCAUCCAAGGUAACCUUCGGCAAACAGGGAGUGGAGACCGUCCAUCCUAUCGGGGAGCUGAAUGAGUAUGAGCAAGGGCGCCUGGACGCCCUCAUGCCAAUCCUCAAGGAGGAGAUUGAAGCCGGCUUGGAGUAUGCAAAGGAGAACGAGUUCGCUGUGGGGACUCCGAACUACUGGGCUCCCGAGGUUGCCAAUGCCUCUGCGGGCGGCUACGACGAAAGGAUUGAUGUCUGGAGCCUGGGCGUCAUCCUGUUCGUUCUGGUGGAGGGAGUGCUUCCCUUCCCCAGCCGUAGCCGCUGCGAUAUUCCGAAGCUCAUCUUUCAGGAUGAUUGCAAGCUGAGCAACCUGGCCCGACAUCUCACGUGGAGCCUCCUGCAGGUCAAGCCAGAGGACCGGCUAUCGCUGGACGAUUGCCUCAUACACCCAUGGGCAAUGAACUCCUCUGGACUUGUCGAACAAGUAGUUCAGCUUUGUGAGGCACACUCCCGGCGCCAGCGCGGUGAGCGGGAGAGACGAGCUGUCCUGCCGCAUGACCCCAAGAAUGUUCGCAAGCUGCGCAAGAGGUUGCAGGAACUCACCUUGAGCUCCAAGUACCCCGUGUCCUUGCGUGCACGCAAGGAGGUAGCUCUGUGCUUUAGGGAGGCCGACGACCCCGACAGUGUCGAUGCAGCUUGGGAGGACUUGCAGGCUGUGCUCAAGCCCGAGUUCCGAGGGAGCCUCGAAAGCUAUGAGGUGGCCUUGGAUGCAACCGCACUGCUGUGCGAAAAGCGCGGCAGCCGGCAAAGCCUGGGCUUUUCGGAGGAGAUGGUCCGGCAACAAGACUUAGAGUUAGAAGCCCUGGUUGCUGCCUUCCCGGGCAACGUCGAGGCCGCCACCGGAAGCUUUGCACCGGCUCCGCGCUCUCUUGAGGUUUCGCUGAAGGACAGGCAACACAACGUCUGGCUUCGGCUAGAGUUGCCGCAUACGUAUCCUUCAGGAAAUCGACCACCUGAGCCGACGCAGAUUAUGGUGCACGAAACAUUGGACUCACCGUGGCCCCUCGAAGUCCAGGAGCGGCUGCGCAGCCACAUCCAGAACUUCCUCCGUGAUCAUGGCACAGCUUCAGGAGAGUGCCUGCACAUGCUGGUCUGCUGGCUGCAGGAUCACCUCCUCGGCUGUCUCAGCGAGCUGGUGGCACCCGUAGAGCUGUCGCCUGCGGAAGUUGUGCAACCUGACAAGGAUCCUGCCAAUGACGCAUCCGACAGUUCAGUCCCCCCCACGCCGAGCACAACCUCGAGAGAGUUUGAGUUUGCACGGGUCUCGAUCAUUGCACACCACCAUGACGAGAAAAUGGAUGCAACAGGCCUCGCAUCUGACAGGCUUCGGCCAGCCCUGCGAGGAAAGGCUUUCUUCACUCACCUCAAGACGAAGUUCACCCAGGUCACUGGGUUCUUGAGCUUUGGAAAGCCGGCAUUGCUGCUGGCCGAAGGCCCGGAAUCCGACUUACACAGACUCAUUCAAGAGGUAAGGAAGUUUCCAAAGUGGUGGGAUGUGGAAGUCAGGAUGUUUGACCGGCAGAAAGCAGUGGAAACAACCACUUGGCGAGCCUUCGCGGACUUCAAAAAGAUCAAAACGGAGGAGAUCGAUGCCGUGUUGAAAGGUCUUCAAGCAGAGCACUGCAAGCUCUACGAGGAUGCUCUCGUUGGCACGAUCGUGGACCAGAAGAAGCGAGAAAAAGAGCGAACUGCACCCGCCUGUUCAGGAGUCGCCAUGACCUAUGUUUUCGCGUUUCACCUCUCCGAUCAACUAGCCGAACAUCUCAUGUUCAAUGUGGCAGGUUGA